CCGCCGCUCCGCCGCCGACCGGUUCGCCCGUAUGAUACGACACGCUACGUCUACAUAUAACGUACGUCGCAGCAGCUCGUCGGGAGACGCGCCCUCGUUCGACCUUGAGCGGCUAUAACCGGUGCGUAACGUUCGAUGUACGGAGCAUUGUCGCUGCCGUUGAUCGCAACAGCCAACCGACCGCCGCCGCCGCGAGUCAUCGCAGCUCCGCCGCCGCCGCCGCCGUCGUACCAGGCCCGCCGUGCUCCCGGUUUUACUCUGUUUACUUCCUCCACCUCGGCGUCUCGUACUUUUCGACGUGGGACAGCCUCGGCGACGAAAUGGCGAAGAAGACUUACGAUCUACUGUUCAAGCUGCUGCUCAUCGGCGACUCCGGCGUCGGCAAGACCUGUAUACUGUUCCGUUUCUCGGACGAUGCCUUCUCUACUACGUUCAUCUCCACAAUAGGUAUCGAUUUCAAAAUUAAGACAGUGGAAUUAAGAGGCAAGAAAAUCAAAUUACAGAUAUGGGACACAGCUGGGCAAGAGAGAUUUCACACUAUUACAACGUCGUAUUACAGAGGGGCUAUGGGAAUUAUGCUUGUUUAUGAUAUUACUAAUGAAAAGACAUUCGAAAAUAUUGUGAAAUGGUUGAGAAAUAUUGACGAACAUGCGAAUGAAGAUGUGGAAAAAAUGAUAUUAGGAAAUAAGAGUGAUAUGGAAGAAAGACGCGUUGUCAGCACAGAGAAGGGAGAAGCAAUAGCAAGAGAACAUGGCAUUAGAUUUAUGGAGACGUCCGCAAAAGCGAAUAUCAAUAUCGAUCGAGCGUUUAGCGAACUAGCGGAAGCAAUACUGGAUAAAACUCACGGCAAGGAACCACAAGAUGCACCCGACAGAGUAACGGUUGAUCGAAGGGUAGAGAGAAGUUCGAAUCGGUGCUGCUAAUUUUAUAUACUAUUUAUUUUAUUGGCGCAUAACGAACUAUAUAUCAGCUCGUGCCACACUUGGGAUAAAUCCCUCGAUAUAGGAUUUAGAGCGUAAUUUAAAACUUAAUAACGUAAACACUUCACGACACUGCCUGGAUCAGAUAUAAUCUCACUUGUUCUCCAAUGAAAAAUACAUCUGUUCUAUGCUGUAAUCGAAACUAAGACAUUGCAAAAGAUUACCAAUACGAUAUUUUUUAAAAAUUUUGUUUUUUAGUUGCGUUUAUAUGAAAUAUAUAUAUAUAAUUACAUGUAAAACUGUACGUGUAAUAUAAUAUAAAGUUUCUUUAGUUUAUGUGGAUAAGAAAAAUAAAACGCAGAUUUUACUGAUGGAUUUUCAUAUUUCAUAUAAAACGUCGCAUCGUUGCACGAACAAAAACAAUUAGGACGAAUUGUUUGUUAUGAGGCUGCAAUUUGUUACCAUGUUGAGUGAUGUGAAUAUGAGUGUGUGGCUUUCAAUCUUGAUAAAACUUUUUAGACAUUGGACGCUUUCCUACGUGAACAGGACGCUUUCCUAUGUGAAUCGCACCACAUGCUUAUUUGUAUAUUAAGUUAAGGAGGACUUAAAACCAAAAGCUUUUACCGUUUUGUGUACGGCCGAUUUACUAUAAAUAUAAAUAUUCACAAUUUGGAA